AUUGUCGGUGAAUGUAUAAGUACCUGUGACGGAUUAAUGGAGCGUAGUUUCUGUAAACGUGUCUCAGGACGAUAAGUCGUAACAUGGUUCACGAGGAAAACACUUUGCCUCCGUUCACCUGCAAAAAUCACUCUCAAGUCUUGCUAGCGAUGCACGAUCCUACGCUGAUACAUGGGGGAAACUACAUCAAAGAAGGUAAGGACUCGGCAAGGAGCACCUGCCUGAUUUUUUCACCCAAAGAAGAGGACUCCGUCGGAGCGUUGAGCAAAUAUCUUAAACUUUUCGCUGAACAUAAGGUUAAUCUGUCGCAUAUAGAAUCCAGAAGCUCUCUUCGUCGAACGAAUAUGUACGAGUUUAUGGUGGAAUGCGUGCCUGGCGGAGACCUUGGAACAGUGAUUGAAAAACUACGGGAACAAUGCAGCUACUUCUCGAUCAUUUCUAGAAAUCACAAAGAUAACAUGGGAACUGUACCAUGGUUUCCAAGAAGAAUCAGAGAUCUGGACAAGUUUGCCAAUCAAAUUCUCUCGUAUGGAGCAGAAUUGGACAGCGAUCAUCCUGGAUUCACGGAUCCUGUUUAUCGACAAAGGCGCAAAUACUUUGCAGAUUUGGCGUUCAAUUACAAAUAUGGUCAAUCGAUACCAAGGGUGGAGUAUACCAAAGAAGAAAUCGAAACAUGGGGUGUAGUUUUCAGAAACUUAACGAAGCUUUAUCCAAAGUAUGCCUGCAAGGAACAUAAUCACGUGUUUCCCUUGUUAAUCGAGAAUUGUGGCUACAGAGAGGACAAUAUUCCGCAAUUGGAGGACAUAUCAAACUUUUUAAAAGAUUGCACCGGUUUCACUCUUCGACCUGUGGCUGGCCUUCUAUCUUCGCGCGACUUCCUAGCUGGUCUGGCUUUCAGAGUAUUUCACUGCACACAGUACAUUAGGCACGGUAGUAAACCAUUGUACACGCCUGAACCUGAUAUUUGUCACGAAGUACUGGGUCACGUUCCCUUGUUCGCUGAUCCGUCAUUCGCACAAUUUUGCCAAGUCGUUGGCUUGGCGUCUCUCGGAUCUCCUGACGAAUACAUCGAAAAAUUAGCUACGUGCUUCUGGUUUACGGUUGAGUACGGUCUGUGCCAACAAAAUGGCGAACUAAAGGCAUACGGUGCUGGAUUGCUGUCAUCUUUCGGCGAACUCGAGUAUUGUUUGAGCGACAAACCAGAAUUGCGUCCUUUCGAACCAGCAAAGACAGCGUUGCAAAAGUAUCCGAUAACCGAGUACCAACCUGUCUAUUACGUUGCCGAGAAUUUCGAGGACGCCAAACAGAAAAUGAUUAAAUUCACAGAGAGUAUACCGAGGAAGUUUGGAGUGAGAUACGACCCGUAUACCCAGAGCAUUAGCAUAAUCGACAGUAAACAUCAAAUCGAGGAUCUCGUGCACAACGUGAAUCAAGAAGUACAAAUUUUGAUGGACGCUUUAAGAAAAUUGAGGCAAUAGAAUGUCCACAUAAUCUUAUCGAUCAACCACGUUACAUAUAGUAGGUAUUUAACAAUGCGAAUCUGUUUAUACGAUGAAAUAAAAUAAAACAGGAAGAAGAGAUGAAAUACUUUCGGAUUUAGUCCAACUCGAGGGAAAUUGUUUUUCAAUCUGAAAUGAAAAAGAAACGAUUAAUGACUCGAAGACGAACGAUACGACCACGAUAAUCUCGCUGUUUUUAGGAACCUUUAUUUGCACGUUGAAUAUGUAUAUAAUUCUCAAAUUUUUAUACCAUAAUUUACAAUCAUACGUGAGAAAAGUUAUUGUCUUAACACGUAAUAGCCUGCAGAUACGUUUAUCGGGAUUCGGCUAAUUCAUCGGAAUGUAUAUGAAUCCUAUGUUUCAAUAAAUAUACGUAUAACACGUGUAA